AAUUCUGCAAGUGGUUCUGAUUUACUAUCGCUGUUCUCUAGCUGGUCUAAAACCGAUUUUGACCUAAAGGGACGCUUUUUGGAUGCCAUGGACAUUUCCCAAUUUCCAGGCAGAAAGAACAGUCAAAAUGCAGGCAGGGCACAGGACAAAGUAGUAGGGACAAAAUAGCAAUGUUUUGCUAUGUAAUAUUCGUUUUAAAAAAAAAUGAAAUUUUUUAAAACUUUCAAAUUUGCCGCCGGUUUCGGCGCCCGUAUGUCCCGACGUCACAGGGACCGGAACACGGAAGCUGGAUGCCGGCAUCGGCCAAAGGAGAUGGCCGGGGAUGCUGCAGGGGACACAU